CCAUUUGCAAAGCAAUAUAGUUCAACACUCAGUUUAGCUUUUGAGGAGGAGUUAUUGAGGUCUCCGAGAUGGGUCUUGUUCGAAGAUCAUUGAUCAGGAGUACAAGACACAUUUUGUCCAUUUUAAAGCUGUUUGUCUUGCUCUCGCCACUCCUCGUCCCAAGCUACGCCAGUGCAGUCGCCAAAGCCAUCGAUGAGAGGAACACGUUCAAAGUGGGCGUGAUUCUUGAUUUGGACUCGCUUCUCGGCGACCAAAUACGUAUGGCAAUCGAAAUAGCAUGCCAAGACGUGAACAGCAUCUCAUCAUCAGGAAGUUAUUACAUAAAGCCACAUUACAUAAACUCCCAUGCGAAGCCCCUUCGAACAAUUUCGGCCGCUGAAAAGCUGAUCAAAAGGAAGAAUGUGAAAGUUAUCGUUGGCUUGGAGACGUGGGAGGGAGCAACUUUAGUAGCUGAAAUCGCUAAUCAAUCUCAGGUACCAGUCAUAUCCUUUGCCAGAGACCACAUAACACCGACAUUGACGGUGCAAACUCUAUGGCCUUCACUGUUUCAAAUGAGUACCGAUGAAUCCGACCAUAUUAGAUGCAUUGUAGAUAUAGUUAGUUCUUAUAACAGGCAAAGAGUAUCAAUAAUAUAUGAGGCUGGGGCAUACGAUACUAUGUACUCCAAGCUGUUAAAUUCUUUGUCUGAAGAGCUUGGAAAAAUCGGCUCGACAGUAGAGGACCAGCUGAUACUUCAAGCAUUCUCAUCUCCGACUAGAGCAGAAGUGUCUUUGGAAGAGAAAUUAAUGACGUUGAAGGGAAAGGCAUCUCCCAUCUUUAUUGUUCUAGGAUUAUCAUCGCAGGGAAGUGCUCAUUUUCUUAAAGAAGCAAAGAAGAUGGGACUCUUCUAUGGAAAUUCAGUUUGGAUAUUUGCUGAAAAACCAUUCACCAAUCUUCUAACUUCAGUAGAACAUUCAGCAAUCUCCUCCACCGUCAAAGGUGCGAUAGGAAUAAUCACCUACCGUCCCAAAAACCAGGAAUAUAGAGAAUUCAAAGCCAAAUUCUUGAAUAUGUUCCAUCACAAGUAUGGAAAGAACUUCAAUUUCGAGCCUGGAAUCGAUGCUGUUCGAGCAUAUGAUUGCAUUAUGACCGUCAAAAAUGCAAUAGAUGCAGUGCCGAGUCAUGAUAUUAUGCCCGAGUUUUUGCUUAAUAGAAUAUCGCGCACUAGACUCAUGGGUUUGAGCGGGGCAAUACGAUUUGAGAAAGGUCAGUUGGCACAUCGACCCAAUUUCCAACUUGUAAGUGUUGAUGGAAAUGAAUAUAGAGAGGUUAAGCUUUGGUCUCCCAAUUCCAGUUUCUCAAGGAUUUUUGUACCAAAGCAAAUUUCAAGAAGAAAUGCAUACACAAUUUCAGACAUACUGAAGACCCAAGAACGACAAACUCCAAGUGAGAAGGAGACGUUGGUUAUCGGAGUUCCCGGUAAAACUCCUUUUGAUAAGUUUGUGAAGGAGGAAAUGGACGACACGACAGGGAAUGCAAAGUACAUUGGCUUUUGCAUAGAUGUUUUCGAGAAGGCUGUUUCUCAUUUUCCUGAUGGUUUGAAGUAUGAGUUUUUUCGUCACGACGGAACAUAUGAUGAAUUGGUUAACAAAGUUCAUGACAAGACCUACGAUGCUGCAGUCGGUGACAUAACUAUUCUGGCCAAUCGCUCACAGUUUGUUGAGUUCACACAACCGUUUAUAGGAUCAGAGCUUUCCAUGAUAGUCCCAGCAAAACAAGAAACGGACAGGGCAUUGAUCUUUAUCGAGCCUUUCACUCCCACAAUGUGGGUUGCUUCUGGGGGCAUCCUUAUAUACACCAUGUUGGUAGUUUGGUUCUUGGAGCAUCAGAUCAAUCCGGAAUUCAGAGGCCCUUGGACGAAUCAGCUCUCGACUGCUCUUUGGUUCACUUUCUCCUCUCUCUUCUUUGCUCAUAAAGAGAGAGUCUAUCGCAACUUCACUCGAAUCGUGCUGGUGAUUUGGUUCUUUGUAGCAUUGAUCUUGACACAGAGUUAUACUGCCGGCCUCACCUCAUUACUCACUCUCCAGGAGCUCAAACCAACUGUGACCACCAUAGAAUGGCUGAGAAGUUCUAAAGAAAGAGUGGGAUGUGACCCAGAUACUUUCGUCUGUGACUAUCUGACUAACAUGCUGGAGUUCUCGAAGGAACUCAUCGUCCACAUAAGGAACACUUCGAGCUAUGAAGAUGAAUUCAAAGGAGGCAAAAUCGCUGCUCUUUUUCUGGAGUACCCAUAUGAGAGAGCUUUCUUCACUGAGUAUUGCUAUGGAUAUGUUGCCACUCAUGAAAACUACAGAUUUGGCGGUUUUGGCUUUGUGUUCCAAAAAGGCUCUCCACUGGCUGAAAAUUUCUCUGAGGCCAUUAUGGAGCUUUCCCAGAGCGGUGAGAUGAAAAGAUUAGAGAACAAGUGGUUCUCUCCUGAGUGCACGAUGAGGAACAUCACCAACGAGAAACCGAGGUUGGGACUCAACAGCUUCUGGGCGCUCUACGCUUUCACCAUCGCCACUUCCACGGGUUGUUUGCUCUUGGCGUGUCUCUGCACGAGAAGGAAUUGUCAGGAUCAUGAAGAAGGAAGCAAUGACGACAACAUGAGCGCGACAGAGAUGAGUAUUUUGUAGUGUAACUCCAUGUACAGUGGCAUAGUUCUUUGGCUCGACAACAAAGGGGGAACAGCAUUCUUGAAUCUUGAUCGCUUUUGAUACUGGAUCUUCUUGCAAAUGAAAACUAGCAAACACAUCUUCGAAGAAGAAAAGAAUUUUGUAGUUAGCUCA